GGUCGUGUGCACAGACCUCACUGCGUUCGGUCUGUACUCACGACCUCCGUCAAGAUUCUCCCAGACCGACAAAGCUCGGUUAAUAAGAGCCAAAUACGGACCUCACGCUAACUCAAUAACGUAUUAGUUACUACUAAAUUCCUAGAGCCAACAUUGGGAUGAGUGUAAAGCAAUCUGUUGAGAAACUUGCGACUGAAAGGGUUGUUAAUUUUUGUCUAGAUGUCAUCCACGUGACCCCAGCGAAGGAUCGUUUGAGGCCUUACACUUUGGAAAUGUUACUGACCUUACCAGCAAACUCUGUCACAGAACUGAGCAUACAGUUCCACAAAGGAUUCUUAAAGUGGACAGAACAUCCUCCAGACGCUCAUCAUGGCUUCUAUAUCAGUUCUGCUGUUAUUUCUACGAACCUUCGAAACCCACUGAAUUACACUGGCCCCUCACGUCAAUCGUCUCUUCUGUUUCCUAGUCUUGAGACCACCCCAGAGGAGGAAGUAUUUCUUCGUCUCCACACAGAAAUUCUUCUGAUCACCCUUCCCACCCCUGACUUCAGUAUGCCGUAUAACGUCAUCUGUUUGGCUUGCACGGUGGUAGCCAUUGCAUUUGGUUCGUUCCACAAUCUUUCCUCGCGGAGAUUCGAAGCUGUUGACCCCAAGAAAAAUCCUGGUCCCAUUGGCAAGGUUAAAGGUGUGUUGGCAAAGUUAAAAGGCAAGAUAUUUGGGAAAAAGAAGGAAGAAGUUUCCGAAGAAAAGAAAGAAAAUUGAAAACUACGCAUCGAUAUCGUCCCGAAUCUGUUCCAAGGAGCUAAAAUGGUGAAUGACUGUCACGAGUCAAUCAUUAAAGCAGCGAACCAAUCAGAACUUGAAGCAACACGCGACCAGCGGCAAGCACGGGAAAAGUCGGGCAAGCCAUUUACGAGUGGUAUUGACUCUGCUUAUGAUUGGCUGAAGGGAUGAUAGCUUUGUUCUGAUUGGUUAGAGAACGUGGCAUGACGGGGUUCUGUGAACCAAUCAUUUGCUUUGGAUGUAAAAGUUGUCUCUACGUCUCUUCAAGAUGUAUAAGACAAGACAACCGCAGUUGCGAUUGUCAUGAGAAGCGUGAAGGGAAAAAGACAUCUGGAACAAAAAUAUACAGUCAGAAAAGACUGAAGUAACUAAAGAAACCUGAAUGAAAUCGGGAGGAAACUGCCUUUAGACCGAGACACUCAGACAAUACUGACAUUUCCUUUCAAAUAGUUGAGGCUAAAUUUAAUUGUAAGACAGUUUCUUUGUGUCUUAUUCUUACAAAAAAAGAAAACAAAAAACGCUCCGCAGAAUUGCAAGUCAGAUAGGAGAAAUUGUUGACGAGGUUUACGCACAAAAGGAACUGCUUUGAAGUCUUCAAUAAACCUAUACAGUAAAGUAAAAUGUAAAAAUAAAACCCGCUUAAGAAGUGUUUA